AUGGCGAAAAAGCCCUUCAAUUGGUGGCUCUGGGCCAAGAUGCUUGCUGUGGGCGGCGGUAUCUGCUACGGGGGUCCUGCUUUGGUGCGAUACGUACAGCCCACGGAAGAGGAGCUCUUCCAGAAAUACAACCCGGAACUUCAGAAACGGAGUCUGGAGAAUCGAGCCCAACGGGAGCAGGAGUUCGACGACUUCGUAAACAGGCUCAAGAAGUAUUCCAAGUCAGACAAGCCAAUAUGGACCGUUCAGGCGGAGGCUGAAAAGGAGGAAGCGAAGCAAGCGUCAAUUGCUGCCUCGUUAAAUGGCAAGGGUACUCCCCGCCGGAAGGUGAAGCGUGCGCCCGCGCGCUCUGCCGGCGAUGACAAGAAGCUCCAGCAGUCGCUGAAGAAGCUGAAUGUCCAGCCUAUCCAGGCCAUUGAGGAGGUUAACAUGUUCAAGAGCGAUGGCAACGUCAUCCACUUCGCUGCUCCCAAGGUGCACGCUGCCGUCCCGGCCAACACUUUUGCCAUUUACGGCAACGGCGAAGACAAGGAGCUUACGGAACUAGUUCCCGGCAUUCUUAACCAGCUUGGCCCGGACUCGUUGGCGUCGCUCCGCAAGCUCGCCGAGAGCUACCAGAACAUGCAGAAGAACGAGAAGCCCGAGGAGGCUGAUGAUGAUGAGAUCCCCGAGCUCGUGGCCGGCGAGACCUUCGAGAACAAGGUCGAGUAA